AUGUCCCUUCGAAUUUGGAUGGGUCACCUCUGCCCUGCCACUUACCAGCUACCAGGAGGAAACGAGACAAAGCACCGGCGCUGGGCUAGGUGUGCCUCCCCGAGAAGCGCGCCUGUCCCUGGAGAGCGCGCAGCCAGCUGGGACCUGCUGGGAGCACAGCGCAGCCGGGCGGGACGACCCCUCAAGCCCCCGCGCCUCCUCACGCUCCAAGGGCCGCGUGGGGACGUCGGGCAGACAACCUCUCCUGGUUGUUUCCCCCAAAAACGAGUCUGUGAAAACAACUGCUGCCCAGGACACUGCGGCUACAAGGUGAAGACAACAGCCCAGGGCCCGCCGGGCUCUUCCACUGUCAACCCUGGCCCUUGGCGAAGCGCUGGGCCCAUGCUCUCCGCCUCAAGGAAAACUUCUGGAUCUCAGCGCUUUUGGGGUGGCUCCGUGGGCCACAGCCACGUGCCACAGCCUCGGAGCGCCCAGCGCCGGCUCCGACGGCUGGGGCCGCCCCUCCUAGCAAUCCUAGGGGGCAGGGGGCGAGGGAGCCCGGGAGAGGGAACCUGUCCACAUCUCUCUCCUUUCUGCCUCCGGGGACUGCAGAGGCAAAGGAAGCCCGCUGCAGAAAACUCUGUCCGGCCGCCUGCCUUGCACCUCUUCGGAGCUGCUUGGGGAGUCAAGGGCGCGGCCUCGGCUUUGUCACCACAGCGGGCGCCCGAGGGCGAGAAGGGCGGGAGUGGGAGCUCUGUGGGCGCCGGGACCCCCGUUUCUGCCGUUUUGGCGCGCAGUGUCCCCGAGUCGGGGCUCUCUGCAAGGGAGAGAGGACUGCCCUCCGGUAGGGAAGACUCCGCCGCAGGACGGCUGGCCCCACCCGUCCCGGGGCGCACGGCUGCAGGGCGCGAGGUGCAGGCGGAGCGCCGGGCAGGGAGCCUGGCCCGCGCCGCCAGCCCGCUCAGCGCCCCGCGCCGGGGAGGGUUUCCCGGCGGGCGCGCAGACCCACCCGCAUCGGCGAGGCCGCCCGACUGCGCUCUUCGCCGCCGGCCCGCGCGUACCUGUGUCUACUGGAGAGAGCGACAUGAAGAAGAAAAGCAAGUCAGGUUAAGAGCCAGCCCUUCCCGAAGGAGCACAGGAGCUGAAGGGGAAGCAGAAGGAUUCUGCAAAGCAUUGUCAGGACUGGGGCUGACAGACUGUGCUCAUCAGAGUCAUGAGGCACUGCCUUAGAAGCUGUGUGGUGCCUUUGAUACCACGAACAAAUCUUACCCAACAGUUACAAGCAGAGUUUAGGACCCACAGGAAAGAGAUCUGAGCAUUGGAGACAGCAAGAUGUGAAUGUCUGGACUGUGCUGAGAGGGACAAUGGGGCAGGUUGCAUGAUAGAUUGUUGCCAACCUCGAUACCAGAUCAACUGCCAAAUGGCCUGAAGAAGAGCGCUCUGCUGAUACAAGUGUCAGAAACAGUGAUCACGUGGCAGCACAGAAGGGGCCUCUUAAAGGGGCCCAGAGAGAUACAGUGAAGCCCUUGUGACAGAUGGAAGUGCGGAGCAUUGCCUAACAACUUUGUGCACUGAUCCUGUCCUGCUGGGGCCUCUGAGGAGGCACACCUGUUCCUUAUCUUUAUAGGAGGCUUUUCCUUUGAAGUCCAAGGCAUGCUGAUGGAAAGGCAAGAGGAUCCUGCAAAGAAGGUCAUUCUUGUGAGAACAAACUACUUCAUAACUGCUUCUUCUCCAUGCCAGUUCAUCUCCUUUCCUCUUUCCUAAGCUAAUCUCGCUUUUGUCUUAUUUACUGUGGUGGAUUGACAGCUGGUGUCAACUUGUAACACCCACCUGAACUGAA